UUUAAGAGAAUCACAAAUAAACCCAAUUCAGGAAAAAGAUUUCAUCUUUCUUUGCUUUUCAGUUUUUCAUCUAGUCGGUUGUUUCCUUUUCCAGGUUUCAAUCGAAAAUUCUCUCUCUUUAUUUUCGAUUUGAUCUGGGUUUCAUUGUACAUAGAUCGAUCUUCAAGUUUCGUCAUCUGGGUCGUGUAAAUUUUUAGACUUUUAGGGUUCUUUUACUUGUAAAGUUUCUCUCUUUUCUAAUGGAUUCUCUGGGUAAUUGAUCGAUUAGGGUUGAAGAUUUUAGCGGUGGGAAAGCUGUUUGGUUCUUGAAUUCUAUCUUGUUUAAGGUCUCUUGCAGCUUUCUCACAGGUUUUGGGAUUGUAGUAGGGUUUGAGAAUCAUAGAUUGGUAGUGAUUUGGGAUUGAAUUACGAGGUUAUUGGUUGGGUAGGAGUUUCUUGAUUCUCUCAUCAUGGCGGAUGCUAUUGGUGCUGUAUCUUUGGUGGGUCAUCGACCGUCGAUUGUCAGGAUUACUGUGAAGAAUGAAUCGAAAACGCAGAAAUCACAGAACAUUGUUCGAUUUCCGGUGAAGGUAGAUUGUAGUGCCAAAGGGGUUCUCUCUCAUUUGAUGAUGCAGAGUGUGAAAAAGAAUCGAAUGUCGGUGUUUCCGAUCAGGGCUCUUGCUAUGGAACUGACGAAAGAGAUGCCUGCGUUUAAGAAGAAAGACGAGCGGUUACCGAAAACUUGGAAUUACCUUGAUUCUGGAGCGGAUGAUAAUCCCAGUUUAUGGCCUCCUGAGAACAAAGCUGAUAAGCCUUCUUUGCAUAAUCCUUUACUUAGGCAAGAGCGGAUGGGUUGUGGUUGGUUAGGUGCGAUAUUUGAAUGGGAAGGGGUAUUGAUUGAAGACAAUCCUGACCUCGAUAACCAAUCAUGGCUGACUUUAGCUCAGGAAGAAGGGAAAUCUCCUCCUCCGGCUUUUAUGCUCAGACGUGUUGAAGGGAUGAAAAACGAGCAGGCGAUAUCUGAGGUUCUGUGUUGGUCGAGAGAUCCUGUUCAAGUGAGAAGGAUGGCUAAGCGUAAAGAAGAAAUCUUUAAAGCUCUACAUGGAGGAGUGUAUAGACUGAGAGAUGGGUCGCAGGAGUUUGUGAAUGUCUUGAUGAAUAAUAAGAUCCCAAUGGCUUUGGUAUCGACUCGUCCCAGGGAAACAUUAGAGAAUGCAGUUGGAUCGGUAGGUAUCCGAAAGUUCUUCAGUGUGAUAGUUGCAUCAGAAGAUGUUUACAGAGGUAAACCGGAUCCUGAGAUGUUCAUUUACGCAGCACAGCUUCUUGAUUUCAUUCCAGAACGUUGCAUUGUAUUUGGAAACUCAAACCAGACCAUUGAAGCGGCUCACGAUGGGAGGAUGAAAUGUGUGGCUGUGGCGAGUAAACACCCUAUUUAUGAGCUUGGUGCAGCUGAGCUGGUGGUAAGAAGACUAGACGAGUUAUCCAUUAUUGAUUUGAAGAAACUUGCAGAUACCGAUUUGACGGAAUUCGAACCGGAAUUGGAGAUGGAAAAGGAAGAUGAGCGUGAGCUCCCUUCAUCGGCUGUAGCAGUUGAUGAUAACUUCUGAUGGAAGUGAUCUUCUGUAAUAUUGUACAGUUUUAUGGAUUUGGAAUUCUUCCUCGUGUAAUUCUCACAAUGUUAUAGUUUCUGUGUAUAAUUCGAACAGGUUAAACGAGGGAUAAAUAUAAAUGUAUACUCUUAGUUUUAAUGUUGUA